AUGAGCGACCUUCCCCGCAAAGACAUCUCCACUCACCUUGGUGAGGCUGCGAAGCCCGACAGCAUGAAAAGCACCGUUGAGCAGCAAAAGGAAAAGGCAACCGGCCAUGCCGACGACGCGAUCGGCCGGAACACUGCCCAGGAGCACAAGGGCCCCAUUCAGAAGGUUUGGGACAAGGUUCAGGGCAAUACGCCCGAAUCUCCUGAUGCUGCGCCCGGAAACAAGCUCUCGGGUGUGAACACCGGCAACCCCGAACGCACCAUCUGA